GUUUCGUUCUAUCGGAAUUGCACUAUUCCGAGCAAAUUUUUUUUCUUCUCAAGAAAACGAGUAAUGCUGUCGUGACGAUCGCGCAACAGAGUCGUGUUCCAAGAAAGAUAGCAUUUACGUCCGUCUCUCUUUGCGUUCUUUCAAGAAACGACGGCAUUUUUGCACCCGAGAACUCCUUUAGCCAUUUUUGUAGUCCGAUACUAAACAAACGUGCCUCUUGCGAUCCGCAAUGGCGGGGACAAAUGGGGCCGCAAAUUUAAAUACGAAAAACGGCAAUUUUAUCUGCGGCGUCGUCGAAGGAUUUUACGGAAGGCCUUGGACCACAGAACAAAGGAAGGAUUUAUUUCAAAAAUUAAAAAAAUGGGGAAUGGAUUCAUAUUUGUAUGCUCCAAAAGAUGAUUACAAGCACCGUGCAUAUUGGAGAGAUUUGUAUACUGUAGAAGAAGCUGAACAUUUAACAGGGUUGAUAACAGCUGCUAGAGAAUGUGGCAUUACAUUUUAUUAUGCAUUGUCACCAGGCUUGGAUAUCACUUAUUCAAGUGCAAAGGAAGUUACAAUAUUAAAAAGAAAAUUAGAACAAGUUAGCCAGUUUGGUUGCACUGCAUUUGCUUUGUUAUUUGAUGAUAUAGAACCAGAAAUGAGUGAAGCUGAUAAAGAAGUAUUCCAGUCCUUUGCUCAUGCACAAGUUUCUGUUACAAAUGACAUUUUCCAACAUCUUGGUCAACCCCGAUUCUUAUUGUGCCCAACACAAUAUUGUGCAACUCGGGCAAUGCCAAAUGUAUCAUCCUCAGAGUAUCUUAACACACUAGGCAUUAAAUUAGCUCAAGAAAUUGAUAUAAUGUGGACUGGUCCUAAAGUAAUAUCCAGACUUUUAACUGUAGAGUCUAUUGAGGAGAUUACAGAAGUUUUAAGAAGGCCACCGGUCAUAUGGGAUAAUCUGCAUGCCAAUGAUUAUGAUCAAAAAAGAGUAUUCUUAGGACCGUAUUCUGGUAGAUCUCCUGAUCUAAUCCCUAAGUUAAGAGGUGUUUUAACCAAUCCCAACUGUGAAUAUGGAGCAAAUUUUAUAGCAAUUCAUACACUGGCUCAAUGGAGCAGGUGUAAUGUUGAUGGGAAAAGGGACUUAAGUUUAAAUGAUACUGUAUCGGCUGAUAUAAAAUUAGAAACUGAAACAGAAGAUGGUGUACUUGGAGAAGAUGUUCCUUCAACAAUGUCUCCAAAUAUAUAUCAUCCUCGACACGCUUUGAAAAAUGCGAUAAUGGACUGGUUAAUGGAAUUUGACAAAAAGCGAAAUGCAUGGGGUGUUAUAGCAAAACCACAACCAUGCGUUGCUCCAACAGUACCGAUUCCAAUAAUUCCCUCUGUAAAUACAUGUAUGAGUCUUACGUCGACGACAACGACAACCUCCGUUCCGGCGACACCUACACCAGUGAGCACUUCGAAUCAUCUUCAAGCAUUAGCUGAAGUUUGCUCAACCGUCACGACUACUGAGAGUUAUGUACAGCCUUCAGCUGGUCCUAUCAUGAAUUCCUUGGUGUCUGAUACAACUGUUGUUAGUGAAUCUAUUAUUCCAUCAAUUUCUACUAACGUAGAAAGUGUACCGAGUUCGAAUGCUUUGUCAUCCAUGGAACCAAUGGAUUGUAACACAACACCUAAUAAUUCCCCAGCACAUGCAGUCAAAAUUCAUUCAGAGGAUGAUGCUAUGGUAGAGAAUACUUCUACGUGUAGCGAAACCUCUGGCAGCAUGCAAGUAGAAGUAGAUGGCACUUCUCCUGUAGUAAAUGGCACUCAAAUGAUAGUUGAAAAUGAUAGCGGUGAUAAUGCGGAUCAAGAAUCGAUCGAAGCUGAUAAGCGACUGACGCAAGAGGAUCUAUCAUUAUUAUGUGAUCUUUUUUAUUUACCAUUUGAACAUGGUGGUCAAGGCAUUCAACUAUUACAAGAGUUUAAUUGGCUGAAAAGUAAUGCCCACGUCGUCAUGAGAAAAUCGAAAGAGGACGAAAAUGUGUCUCAGUCUGAUAUCGAAGAAUGGCACGCACGGGCAGCUAAAUUAAAUGAUAUGUGCAAUGCAGUAAACAGAUUAUUUCAGCGACUUACAUAUUGUAAUAAUCGUGAGUUGCUAUAUGACCUGUAUUCGUAUGUCUGGGACAUGCGAGGAGUUGUGUCCCUCUUAAAUAGUUACGUGAAAUGGUUGGCGUUUGGCAGAUACCCGUCGUCGAUGACAACGUUUACCCAGGGAAGCUACACAUGGUUCUCGAAUGGCUGGAAAGAAACUUUUAUGAGUGGAGAUCAAGAACCAUGGGUAUUCCGUGGAGGACUUACAGCUGAUCUACAGAGAUUAAUUCCAGUGGACAGUGGUAAUGACUUGUUCGUUUACAAAGCACCAGAAGUGCCCAGUAGUAAAAUCUAUACAAUAAGGCCUUACUUAGUAAGCGACGAAGAUUCUGUUUAUGCUGUGUACAAUAAGAUUUCCGGCUGUGUGACAUCGUCUGCAGUGGCAGAUCGAUUUGUUGGAGGUUUCUUAACAUUGAGCCCAGAACUGUGUAUGGUUGUUGAAGAUGAAAGUGGUAUAGUAGGUUACGCAUUGGCUGCCUUAAAUGUAAAGUCUUAUAAUCAGAAAUUAGCUGUGUCUUGGAUUCCCGAGUUGAGGAUGAAAUAUGCAUUGGAAGACAAUAUCAAUGAAUUACCGCAAGAUGUUCAAGAUGCCAUACAGUAUUUCCACUCGUUUGUUCCUGAAGUGUCAGAACAAUUGUGUAGGCAACAUCCAUCAAAGCUGUUGUGUGCUAUAUUGCCAAGCGUCACCGACCAAUCUGUUCCUAAAAGAUUAAUUACGUGUAUCCUCGCAGCUUUAAGAGCAAAUGGUUCUUUCGGUGUACACACUACGAUGUCGAACACAGACAAGGAAGCCCACGAGUUUUACAGUAAAUUAGGCUUCGUCGACUUAAAUCUAGCGCAUGAAGAACUUCCCGGAAUCAAAACUAUGUGUAGAAGUUUCUAA